GACUCCGAAGAGGGAAGCAGGCAGAGCCCUGCAUCGGGGUGUCUCUUGUGCUUCGCGGGAAACGUCCCGCUCGCUGGCGUGGCCGGAGAUGGCUGCUUCAGAAGAGGUAUCAAGGAGCAUAUUUCAAGAUAUGGACGUUAAACUCCCUGGUAUGUCCGAGAAGGAUCUUGAAGAGCUAAAGGCGGCUGUUGAAACAGGGAACCUUUCAGAAGCAGCUUCCAAAGCACAAGAAGCCCUGGAGCCGUCAAAAACCACCAAGCUCAACAUCGCCAUCACGGGGAAGUCGGGAUCUGAGAAAUCUUCCUUUGUCAAUGCCAUGCUGGAGUUAGCCGACGAUGACGAAGGAGCGGCAGAGGUUGACAUCACAGAAAAGACAACGGAGCCAAACGCUUAUCUGCAUCCCAUGCUCCCAGUGUGGGACCUGCCUGGGAUUGGGACACAGAGUUUCCGGCCUGACUCCUACCUUCAGCAGGUCAGCUUUGCCCGCUAUGACUUCUUCAUCAUUAUCACUUCGAAGCACUUCAGAUCUUGUAACGCAGACCUGGCCCAGGAGAUCCAGAAGAUGGGGAAGAAGUUCUACUUUGUGCACUCCAAAGUGGAUGAGGACUUGAGAAAUGAAAGUAGAAAAAGAAACUAUGACCAGGGGACCACCUUGCAGACAAUCCGAGAUGACUGUGUGGAGAGGCUGAAGAGAGAAGGGGUGAGUUCCCCACAGGUUUUCCUCAUUUCCAGGUGGGAAUUUGACCAGUACAAUUCUCCUCAACUGCAGGAAACUGUGGCCAAUGAACUGGACUCUCACAAGAGACACGUUUUCCUCUUGGCGCUUCCCAACAUCUCAGGGCCAAUCCUGGUUAAGAAAAAAGAAGCCCUGAAGAACCAGAUCUGGAAACGAGCCCUGAAAUCGUGUAUUGUUGCAGCUGUUCCCAUCCCCCACCCCUCUGUCUCAAAUGACAUUGACAUCCUGGUGGAAUCUAUGACCGAGUACUGCAAAGUCUUUGGUAUGGAUGAAGAAUUCCUCAUUAAACUCUCCAAACAGAUCAGGAAACCAGUGUCUCAGUUGAAGGAAGUGAUAAAAAUCCCGUUGGCCAAGGAAAUCUCUAAAGAAAAUGCUUUGGAGCUGUUGAGUAAAGUUUCAGGUAGUGUAAUAAGGCCAUUAACCCACUGGUUUUUAAAAUCAUCUAAACCUAAAUCAUCUAAGCCUAUUCAUCUUGCCUGGGAGCAAGGGGACAAGGAGAAGGGUGAUACCAUGAUACAAAUUAAAAAGUACAGAAGCCUCCUACCAGUGUAUGGAACCCUCCUAGCUGCAGAGAUCUCGUGGCUAGUCACAUUCUGCACCCCGCAUUCCUUUCUGGAAGGCGUUGCUGAGGAUGCCCACGGGGUGCUCACCGAGGCUCUGGAGGUGGCAGAGAAAAAGUCAGUUUAGUGGCACUGGGGAGGAUGGCGUUGCAGUCAGAGUGUUUGGAGUGUGACUCAGGAGACCUUGCUGUACCACAGCCUGGCAGUGGGACCUUCAUCACAUCUAGUCUUCUCUGUGCCGUAGUUUCCCCUGCUUACAACACGGAGAGAAUAAUCUUUUGUCGACUUAGACUGUAAACUGGUUGGGGCAGAAACUGUGUCUCCCUGUGUGUCUGUGCAGUGCCUGGUACAAUAGGGCCCUGAUCUGGGUUAGGGUUGUAGAGAAAAUAUGUUUGUUGAGGAUUAUAAUUAAGAGACGCUCCCACAUAAUGGACUGUAUUAUGAAUGCAGGGAUUUAGUGAUGUGCCCUGGAAGCUGGGUUGAGAGCCCAGUAGAGCUGUGCACAGCAGGUCACCACAGACAGAAACUCUCUUGUUGGUUUUAUUAAAAGCUGUAUUCCUGCAUCA